AUGGCGAGGGAGAUGACGGUUGUCAUUCCCAUGGAAGAGGGCGAGCCAUUAGGUGCUGUGCCUAAUGAUAAACUAGUAAUUGUUAAGGUUCAGAAUGGUACAUUGGCCGACGGAAAGCUUAAGGUCGGUGAUCAGAUACUCAAAGUAAACGAUGCUAUUGUUCGUGAUGCGGAUCAUUUCUAUCAGCUUCUUCGCUACGCGCCGCCUGUUGCUUCUAUCGUCUUAACACGCGACGCGAAAAGAGCCGCUGAGUUAGAAGCUAAAGUUCACAUUCCACCGGAACGUGCCAAGUUGAUUGUACGCCGCGAUGGAUACACUUACUUUGUACAACUAUUUUCUUUUUCUACCAUGAAUAACAAUAUCACGCAAUAUUUUGUGGCUCGAAUUGAUUGGAAGCCAGGUGGACCGAAGCUUGGACUUGGCAUCAAGCAUUACCAGAAUCGCGUGCUCGUCUCGCGCACUGACCAGAAUUCGCUUGCUGCUCAGCAGCUACUUGUUGGUGACCACCUCAUCGAUAUUGAUGGCAGACCUGUCACGGACAAGGAUGUUUGUCGUGAACUUCUUCUCAAAAGUCUUCAAGCUCAACGUUUUGUCACUAUGGUUGUUGAACGUCCUGAAACCAUGGAGGCACGACAUUGGGUUCAGUGCGCAUUAACAGCAACAGCAACGCAGGCUCCAUCUGUUGCUAUGAAUAGUGACGUACGCGAAAUUGCAGCGAGAGAAAGGCAAAAAAUGAAGAAACCUCUACCACAGCCAAAGAAGAGCUGUUUGCGAAGAAGCAGUACACCAUGCAAACCUGUAAAUAUCAAUGAAAACAAAGCAUCAGAAUUCAUUAUUGCUAGUGAUAAUGAAGGCAAAAACCUUCGACAUGUUCGACGAUAA